AUGAGUGCACAACAGAUGAAUAUCAAUGAGGCCACAAAUAAAGCUAAGAACCGGCCCGAGUCAUUGUCGCCUCAGCGCCGGCCUGUUGAUACGAAACUCUCCAAGGAAGAGUUGAAGAAGCCAGUUACACAUGAAGUCGUUUCUGUAGCUGAGCAAAACACACACAGGGAGCACGACAUCGCUGUCGCCACCUCCACGGUGCAUAUUGAACCUGGCGACCGGCCUACCCGAGACAAGCGUGAGGCAAGGCCUGCUGAUCGUGGCGCUCAGUCUGAGCUACGCAAUGAGAACUCAGUGUUGUUCAACGCCGUUUUCGAACAGCAGAGGAAGCUUGGAGAGCAGCAUGCCGCCAUUGAUGAACUUCGACGAGUGAUGGCGGAUCGGGUGGGCCGCAAAGUAUUCCUGACGUGCCCUCAAGGAUCAUCCGUAGACGGCUUUGAGAGGAUCGAGCGCAGUUCCGCAUCAAGGAGAGAAUGA